AUGGCUUAAAAUAAAUUGGCUGAUAAUCAAUAUUUUACAAGUUGUUAUUCUAUAAAUACAUUUCUAGAGACAAAAUUUAUGAACUUUAAGAUUCUUUAUUCAUCUAAAGAAAAUGAAUAGAUUAGUGGAGCAAAAGUAUGUAUAAUUAAGUAAUUUGAAACUUUACAAAACCAGUUCUGUUAGCAGAAAGGUGUAAAUUAUUAAAUUAAAAUGAAGCUUUGCUGGUGUAUAUGUUGCUACGAAUGAAACUUAAACAAAAACAAUAUUUGAAUAUCCAUAUCAGGGGUUGUUUAAGCAAAUAUUGGUUUUAUUGUAUCAAUAUAUUUUAUGCUAAAAUAUUUUAUUAAGAUUGGUUUGUGUGCCUUUGAUAAAGCAAAUAAGAAUAAUAAUUGAAAACAGAAGUUUUUAUUUGCAUCUCUAUUUAUGGCAAUCAAUACUUUUAAAUUACAAAUAUGUUCAUAAUCUCGAAUUACUUUAUAUUUUUUCAAUAGACUAUUUUAUCUGA